AUGGCCCAACCUGACGGGGCGCCAUUGGUUUCCUCCCCAUGGACUAGGUCGCUAAUUUCUGGCGCGAUUGCAGGUCUAACUGUCGACUGCUCUCUUUAUCCUCUCGAUACCAUCAAAACCAGACUUCAAAAAGCACGCGACCACACCGCACCCCAAACCCGAGUCUCCCUACGCCAAACCUUCCGUGGUAUCUACGCCGGCCUCCCAUCCGUCCUCUUUGGCUCCGCCCCCUCUGCCGCCUCCUUCUUCAUCGUCUAUGAUGGCGUCAAGCGCACCCUACUCCCACCUCAACCAACCGGCAGCAAAACGACCCCCCAAUCCAGAUCCCACAUAAUGCUCACACACUCCCUCGCCUCCUCCCUCGGCGAAAUCGCCGCAUGCGCCGUCCGCGUCCCCACAGAAGUCAUCAAGCAGCGCGCCCAAGCUGGCCUCUUCGGCGGCUCCAGUCUCCUCGCACUGAAGGACAUCCUGUCCCUGCGCCACGCAUCCCCAACAAACACAACCACAUCGGGCUCAGCCCCAGCAGCGAAGCGCGGAUACGGUCAAGUCAUCCGUGAGCUCUACCGCGGUGCAGGCAUCACAAUCGCCCGCGAGAUCCCCUUCACUGUGUUGCAAUUCACAAUGUGGGAGUCGAUGAAGGAAGCUUACGGCAAGCGGUACCUGCGAACCGCGGAGACAGCCUCGUCUCUCGCCGAGACACAGAUCCCCGCUUCGACGAGCGCCAUGUUCGGAAGUGUUGCCGGCGCCAUUGCGGCUGGUCUCACUACCCCGCUAGACGUCAUUAAGACCCGGGUUAUGCUUGCGCGACGUGGAGACGGGGGCGUUGAGGCGCCUGUUCGCGUCAAGGAGAUUGUGCGCGGGAUUGCGCGUGAAGGGCCAGGUGCUUUCUGGCGUGGUAUUACGCCGCGUGUGACCUGGAUUGGUAUUGGUGGUGCUGUGUUCCUUGGGAGUUAUCAGUAUGCUUCGAAUACCCUCGAGGGGCGUCGGGAGGUACAGGUGGAGAAGAGUCUUUGA